CUGGGCUAUACAAACUCGUCAACAAAAUAUUGAGCGUCGGACAUUCCCUUGAGAAAGGUCGUUCGUCGCGGAAUCGUAGUAGCUGAAUCAUGUCCUCUAUCGGCAGUGGGUAUGACCUUACUGCAUCUCAGUUCUCUCGAGGCGGAAAUGUUUUUCAGAUAGAGUAUGCUUGUAAGGCUGUCGAAAAUAGCGGUACAGCCAUUGCUAUCCAAGGUAAAGACUGUGUAGUUUUUGCUGUGGAGAAUAUUGUCACAUCAAAACUUUACGAGCCCGGUUGUGUUAAGAGGAUUUAUAAUAUUGAUGAUCAUAUCGGGAUGGUGGUGAUGGGAUUUCAAACUGACGCCAAGGCAAUCGUUGAGGCAGCCAGAGAAGAAUGCUCAAAUUAUCGUAAUAGCUUUGGAAGCCGUAUACCUCUCUAUUCUCUGACGGAACGAUUGGCUAUGUACAUGCACGCUCAUACACUUUAUAGUGCUGUCAGACCGUUCGGUGUAUCAGUUUUGCUUGGUUCCUACGAGAACGAUGGUCCUCAUUUAUUCGUAAUAGAGCCUUCUGGGCUGUCUUUUGCUUAUUUUGGUUGUGCCAUCGGAAAAGCCAAACAAAAUGCAACAACUGAGAUAGAAAAACUGAGGAUGAAUGAUCUGUCUCCAGAGGAAUUAAUCAAGGAAGCAGCCAAAAUACUAGGAUUGAUGAUGUGGUAAAUCAGCACAGUAAUACCAUGAUUUACAUUUUAAACUGAAAGAGGACAAUGGUGACAAAAUUUAUUGAGGUCACUCCCAAUAUUAACCCGUCUUAUUGUGUUGAAUCAAUCGUCACGGUCUUCUAUUUUUGUAGAAUUUAUACCGUUCACGAUGAAAUCAAGGACAAAAAUUUUGAAUUGGAUCUUAGUUGGGUUGGUGCAAAUACAAAGGGCAUACAUCAACCUGUUCCUCGCAAACUCUUUGAUGAAGCAGAGACAUUCGCCAAGCAGGCUUUAGAGGAAGCGGAUGAUUUGGAUGACGAAGUGGAAUAAACUAUGUACAUUUAUUAUUUUCUAAAUAUAAGUUUUUUGAACCAC